AUGGCCCUUGCACCGAAAGAGAAGAGUCUGAAGGAUGGGACUAUCGCCGUCGUGAUUACCCUGGAGGCAUCUUUUAUGCUUACGCGUCUUUAUUUACGUAAGAAGCUGAUGAAGGAAAUAAUCGAAAAGAUGGACGAUGUCCUGCAAAGUGCGGACGAAAUUAUGAAGGAUAUUGUGAAGUCGGCUAUAAAGCCCAUAACCAUGCCGUUCAUAAUAUAUGGAGUGACUGGUGUGAUAACUGUCGCGACAUGGACUAUCCAGCCGAUUUUAUUGGUCUUCGAGAAGUCCACCUUUUAUUAUGUAGAUUACAAUUUGCCAACCGCUUUCAACAACGAACCGUUUUCCACUCGUGUUCUGAUUUUGUCAACCAUUUUUAUGACAAUUGGAAGUAGUUAUUUAUUUCUUAAGAAAUUUGGCGUGGAUGUGUACAUGAUGCAUUUAGUAUUAUUGUUAACGGCGCAGUAUCGAUACACGGCAGUAAAACUCACAAUAUUGUUUCGAGGUCUACAGAACUGUCACGAUGAAACUAAAAAAAAAUAUUGUAUGGAAGAUCGAUGGACGGAGAGAGAAUUAAGAAAAUUAUGUGUACACCAGAAUAACGUUUUAAACAUGUCAUUUAUUUUAAGGAAACUCCUGUCUGUGAAUUUCAGUUUACUGUAUUUCAAUAACGUAUUUCGGUUCUGCUUUAUAGGUAUCUUAUUAAGCACAGUACCAUCAAUGUCUUUUGCAGAAGGAAUUUCAGUCACGUCAUAUGCAAUAGCUUCACUAACGCAAUUCUAUUUGUUAUGUUCUUCCGUACAAACGUUAUUAGACGCAAGUACCGAAAUAACGGACAAAGCAUUUGAUGAAGGCUGGUAUCAAUUUGGUCCAUGGACGAAAAGCACGUUCAUAUUAUUGAUAAUGUCUAACAGUCUAGAAUGCAGAAUUGCGGCGAUCGGAAAGUUUAAUUUGUCUUUGCCUUCGUUUAUGACGGUAAAAUUUAUUAAUGAAGAUUUAUUAAUUAUGGCAGUAAUUAUUAAUGUGGAUUUAUACUUCCUAUGUGCAUUAAAAUGA